AUGACACCGGCCAGUUCUCCGAUCCCGUUGUCGCUGCAUACCGGCCGCGAUGCCAAAGACGGCCCGUUGUCCGGCCCGACGCCGGUGUCGAGCCUCACUCCUCCAGUAACCCCAACUGUCGACGACAGGUCCACCCCGAGCCCGUUCCAGCGAGCACCGCCAGAAGAAGACGUCUCUCUCUCCAAGGACAAUGUGCUGAGCCCCCUCCGCUUCGUCGACGAUGUGGAGAUCUGCCGCGACGAGCAAGAUCGCUAUAUGGAGUUUGGCCGCGGUGCUUGGAGCAUUGUUUACAAGGCCCGCUCCCGGCAAUGCGCGACAGCGAGUACCCCCAGUACUCCGCCCAGCUCGCCAGUCAGUGUGAGCCGGGUCCUGGCGGUGAAAGUACCACUGCGUCGCGAUGCGAGACCAGUGCUUCGAAGCGAAGCACUUACGUUGACGCGCCUGGACAUGACCGCGGGAUGCGAGCACCAUAUAGUCCCGUUUUACGGCUACCACUCCGAGUCCGAGGCGCUGGUCAUGGCCGCCGUGCCUCUCGCGCUGUCGACGUAUAUUGAAGACCAGGCCGAUCUCGCGCGCAAGAGACAGCCCUCGACCCUGACGAUGUUCGAGCCUGUGCAGGGGCCCGACGCAUGGCUCCGCCUGGCGCGCAAGCUGAUCAGCGGAUUGACAUGGCUGCACCAAACGGCGGGUGUUGUCCAUGGGGAUAUCAAGCCACAUAAUCUGCUUCUUCGACCUGUCAACAGCGACGCUAACGAGGACCCUUUUCCGUACGAGCCUCUCUUUGCCGACUUUUCCUCCGCGCUGGAUAUCCCAGAAGACCCUUCCACUCCAAUGGACUCCACCCGUGCCUCGAUGUCUGCCUUCACGCCGCCGUUCACGGCCCCGGAGCUGCUGUCGUUGGCCUCGCUGACAUCGGGGGAUAUCACGCCGACUCCGUCUUCGGACGUGUUCUCGCUCGCGACGACCCUGCUGGCUGCUGCCACGGGCGAUUUGCUUCUCUACCCCGGAUCGAGUAAUAUGCAGCGUCUGGCGAUGGCACGCGAGGGCCACCGUAUCAUUGAAUUCACCCGCUCGGGCAUGAAUGGAACCCGCAUCCCGCGAAAUGGACUUGUGGAACGCAUUGUCCAGCCGGCAAUCUCAAAGGACCCGGCGCAGCGCAUUUCGUCCUCGGAGUGGCUGGCCGUUGCAUCUGCAUGA